AGUCCCCUUUUGCCUUUGAACGAGUCCCUUGGUUUGGGGACAGCUGUGUUGUGGCAAGGGAGGUCUGAGCAGACUCUGACCUACAUACAAACAAUGUUAUUGGUUUCAAGAAGCCUAGGCUUUGGAACUUAAAAAUAAUAACACAUCACACCUUUUAGAUAGUUAUCUUUACUGUGUUCCCAUAGACUAUGUCACAGUAUUCCCACAACUAUCUUCUAGUUCCAAUCCCUGAAUACCCUUUGGUGGACUGUGACCCGAAUAGGAACAUCAAGAUUGUGGUUCUCGGGGGAAGCGGAGUUGGAAAAACAGCAUUGGUCGUACGAUUUCUUACAAAGAGGUUUAUUGGAGACUACGAGGCAAACACUGGAGCACUAUAUUCCCGAAAAGUCACAAUUGAUGGGGAACAAAUUUCUCUUCAGGUCCAGGAUACACCGUUUGUCUCAAUGGAGGAUGAAACUGACAAUAUUUCCUGCCAGGAACAAAUCAAUCGAUCCAUCUACUGGGCAGAUGGUUUUGUGUUUGUAUACUCAAUCACAGACUACAACAGCUACCGGGUGAUUAGACCUCUUUUCCAGCAUUUACGUAAAAUUCACCCCAAUACCAAGAUCCCUCUUCUUCUGGUGGGCAAUAAAGCUGACCUUUUGAGGGCCAGACAAGUGGAUUUUGACGAGGGUCUCCAACUGGCUAACGAACUGACCGGAUCCUAUGCUGAGGUAUCUGCCCGUGAAAACUAUGAGGGAGUAUAUGGUGCUUUUUACCAAUUAUGCCAAGAAGUAGGCAAGAUGCUCUUCAGCUGUAAUGGGGAGAAACGCAGGGGACUUCAUCUUGUGCGACCCCGAUCUCCCAACAUGCAGGAUCUGAAAAGACGCUUCAAACAGGUGUUGUCAUCUAAAGUGAAGUCGACGACUACCCUCUGACCACAGCCUGAACGGAAAUUCAAUAGAACAUCUUUAAGAAUUUUGUCUAGUGUAUGAAACAUCAAACAAUGAUAUUAUUUGGUUCCAGUUGCUGUGCAAACGAUUUGUGCCAUCUUUAAUGUAAGUGCAUGGCACACUUGUCAUGGGUGCUACCCUUCCAUCAUUUUGAGGAGUAAAAGGGUGAAUCACAAGCCUGUAUAUUUUGCAAAUUAUUUUAUUUUUAUGAUUAAAAUCUGCAUAAAUUACCGUUACAAUCCCAAAAUGUUAAAACAUGAUUCCCUACUGAAAUAAAGAAAGAAAUAAAGAAAAAAUUUUUUUACAUCUUUAAAAUACAUACUGCAAAUCCGUAGCUUUCUAUGGUAAUGUGUUGUAUGGACAGAAGUUAGCUGAAAAUCACAAAAUCACAGGUGGUCCAGAACAUCUAGGUUCCCCCCCCCCCCCCCCCCAUAUGAAGUCAUCUAAUAAAUACAGUAAGCGUGUUAAUUUGUGAAUACAUACCCUUUUUAUGCAUUGUAGAAUCUCUUUCUGAUUGGAUUGCUUUAAAAAUAUCCACAUCCCUGGAAAAACUAAAUUUAAGGCUUGCCCUCAAAUUCUAGGUCAGUAGCAGGGUAUAUAUUUGAGUGUUGAUAUAUUUAUUUGUGUUAAAUAAUGCAGAAACCUUAACACGGGAUUAAAAUAACAAUAUAUAUGAAAAUAUAGCAGAGUGCACUGACGUAUAUUGUUUUUCUUGAAAUGUGGAAUUUAAUACCAGUACAAAUAUAGCAGGGAUAUGACACAAAUAAAUUGCCAAUCGUGGGAAUAUCUUUAACCCUAAUAUUUUGCAACACGUCUAGGUCUUCAAAAGGAGGAAACUCAUGAGAAAAUGAACAAUAUUGUAACAUCUUACAGUUUGGAGGUCAAGCAAAUCAAAUUAUCAAGAAACAUAACCAAAAAUGGCUAACUUUUCCACCUACGAAAUAAAUUGCACUGAGCAGUUCUCCAUCCUGCCCUCAAUUAUUUUUUUUUUUAUUAAAUGGGCAGGGCUAUAUACUUCUAGGUGCAAUUAUUUAAAUGGGAAAUAAAUUGCGGAGGUGAGAGGAAGAUGGUGAUGGAGUUAGAAGGGAUUAUUUUUCUUUUGCAACUUUAAGCAGAUAAAUACAACUCUUAUGUCUAAAAAUUAGGUCACGGUCUAGUUGUAGUAAGUUCACAAUG